GGCGAGGGUAAAGCUUAGAGGAAAUGGGUGUCGAAUACUCCUCCUAUGCCGCUACACAUUCCGACUCUCCACGAAAACAGCACAAAAGGAGGAUAACAUCAACUCUUGGGAUAAAACUCCAAAGCAUCCAGGAAAACUGCGGCCUCAGCCAUGGUGUUCCUCCUCAUAUCCUUGACCGUACUGCAUCUUGUCACCCUGUCCAUGCUCCUUGUGGCUACCCUGCAGAAGUCCUGGUGGGUCUGGAACAAUUCAGAAAUCAGCGACCUGUGGUACAACUGUUUCCAUGACAAUGCCACAGAUACGUGGCUGUGUGCCGCCACCAAUGAGAGCGACUGGUUGCAGUCGGUGCAGGCCCUCAUGGUGCUGUCCGUGGUCUUCUCGUCCAUCUCUCUGCUGGUGUUUGCAGCUCAGCUCUUCACCAUGUCCAAAGGAGGGCUCUUCUACUUGACAGGACUCUGUCAAGCCUUUGCAGGCUUCACCGACUUUGCAGCUUGCCUCAUCUUCACCUUUCACAGGAAGGAGAUCCUUAAUGACUCCAGCAAUCUGGGCAAAGGUCAUUUCGGUUAUUGCUUCAUCCUGGCGUGGCUUUGUGUCCCCCUCUUGUUGAUCAGUGGCAUUCUGUAUGGACACUUGCGAAAGAAAGAAUGAAGGGGAAGAAAAACAACAACUUUUUUUGCUUAUCCCAAUUUUUCUUUCAUUUCUAGUGUGGCCCUAAUUUUGUUUUGUAUCUCAGCCUAGAGGGCAAGGUGUGUGAAAAGUCAGAAUUGAAUGAUUUUUUUUUUUUUUUUUUUUUAAAUACACUCAUUAAAAUUA